CGGAUGCGGUUUAUGUGCUGGAUGCUAUAGUAGGUUUCGACCCUAGAGAUAGCCAGGCAAUAGAAGAAGCAUCAAAGUUCAUACCGAAUGGUGGCUACAAACAAUUUUUCAACAAAGAUGGGCUUACUGGAAAGAGAUUGGGUGUUGUGAGGAAUCCAUUUUCUUACUUUUACAAUGAAUCCACUGCUAUUCUAGCCUUUGAGGCUCAUCUGAACACAUUAAGGUAGAAGAUACAUAUGCUUUGUUCCAUAUAUAAACAAAGUCUGAUCUCAUGUAAUAAACAUACAUUGAUUUGGCAUCCAGUGAUCACGAGAAUUUUCUCUUGGAAAUUGCAGGCAAAGGGGUGCAAUUUUAGUGGACAAUCUGGAAAAAGAAAAUAUUGAUAUCAUCAUGGACCCGAAUGAAUGUGGUGAAUCAACGGCCUUGUUGGCUGAGUUGAAGCUCAACAUAAAUGGGUAUCUAAGAGAGCUCACCAGCUCUCCAGUGAGGUCCUUAGCAGACAUUAUUGCCUUCAACUUGAACAGCUCUGAUCUAGUAAAGACACCUGAAAAAUGGAUUAUUGUGUUAUUCCAAGUUAUGAAGGUUAUAAAUUAAUGCAUUAUAUAAGCUUUGUGUCAUUGCAAGAGAAGACUGAUGAAUAUGGACAGGAAGUCUUUAUGGCAUCAGAGAUGACAAAUGGGAUUGGGGAGGAAGAGAGGACGACAAUGGAGAUGCUGGCAAUUCUGUCACGUGACGGCUUUGAGAAACUGAUGAAGGAGAAUGAGCUUGAUGCGACUGUGACACUGGGUCCGGGCAUGGCCCCUGUGCUGACCAUUGGAGGUUACCCAGGAAUUACUGUUCGAGCUGGGUAUGAUGAGGAUGGAAUGCCCUUUGGCAUAUGUUUUGGAGGACUAAGGGGGAUGGAGCCGAAGCUUAUCGAAGUUGCUUACGGUUUCGAACAACCUACAAUGAUUCGGAGGCCUCCUGCUUAGCUCCAAAUGAUCAUUUAGCCAUAAAUUAGGUCUUUCUCAAGUAAUGUCUGGUGGCCUAAUGAAGGGUAUUUUGUUUCCGAUGA